UUUACAGUGUAGGCCUGCUAUUUUUAUUUGAUUGAAAAACUUUCUGACGGAUAUAAACUGCCGGUUCUUCUGUGUUUUCGUUUUGUCAUUUUUGUUAAUUAAUUCAUUUUUUUCUUGCCUGUUUAUUUUAUGCUUUGGAUUUAUAUAUUAUUUUAGUUUUUCUCCAUUCUCCAAAAAGCCGCAGGUUCGUGAAAAUGUGAUAAUAUGUGAAUGCAUGUGCUGUUGUUGAUGUAUUUGUUAUGCUGCUGUUUGCAUGUUAAAAUAAAUUGUGAAAAAAAUGUUUGUAUAUAUAACGUGUCACAGACCCUCGUCAACUGUAGCUGUGUCUCAUUUCGAAGUCUGAGUCCUCCGGAUGUCGCAUGCGAAGGCGUAUGCGGCGGACAAACGCGAACUCCGGAGGACGCAGCCUUCGAAAUGAGACACAGCAUGUAUUUUUUUAAUUCCAAUUUAUUAUUAGAAUCUUAUCGGUUAACGGUUAAUGUUCGGAUAACGAGUGUCGGUUCUCGGUUAGGGAAAUUAACCGAAAUGAGCAUCCCUAAAUGUGUGUGUCUCACGGUGACUGUGGAAAUAUUUUUCAGUUAAAAGUAUGAUUUAAUUAUCAAUAUAAUCAAUAAGUGUUUUCUUUCAUUAAAUCAUUAAGCUGUGUGCUUUUGUCAUGUGCUUUCUAUUUUACUCAGUGGAAAGUUACUGUGGCAAACGGAGUGAGACAGGAUAAGUGGGGGUUGGAACCAUAAAUUUAACUAAGUCAACACACACACACACAAAGAGUCACACAGAAAAGAAAUGUUAUGAAUCAAUCCACUGCAUAUGUUUUAAGUAUAAUCAUGAAUUGUGAUGUGUUUUAAUGAAUCAUAGGUACACAACGCUACAUAAUUAAAAGCAUUAGAUGAUUGAGUGUUUUCUUUUUACUAAAAGAAUGUUAAGAAUGUUGGUAUGUUGUCCGGCCACAAGAAACUGUCUCUAGGAGACCACUCCCCAAAAGAAACUGUCUCUAGAGAACAUUCCUCAAAACUAGCGACUGACCACAGGAUGUAUGUUGUGAGAAGAUGUUAUUUUGCAGGAACUAAGAAAAAGGACGGAGUCAGAUAACCUGGUUCACGGUGAUUGGUUGCCAGGGAGCAAUACUCCCUAGAGACGGAGGAGGAGUCAGAAGAUGUGAGCGACGUCACAUACUGAAUAAAUAUGUGUGUUUUUGAAUAUCUGGGUUGUUGGCUUGUGGUGGAGUGAGGAGAUCGUCUGACAACCCAAAGCUUUGUUACUUUUUACAUCUGAUAAUAAAACUUCUAUAUAACUUGGAGAAAAGUCUCUUUCAAAUUUUUGAGCAUGCAGGACUGCCUUAAAAGUCCAACAAUAGGUGACCCCGACGUGAUUUGUCAAGAGACGAGGGCACAUUUGCCAUUUGCGUUGGGAAAAACGGAACGAAUUCAGGUUCAACACACAGGUCGCGACCGUGAAAGAUAAAAAAGGUAAGCAGAAGCCUGUUUAAUCAAAAUUCUGCUAUUGAACAUACCUAAAUUGUUGUGUUGAAUUUGAUGAACAUUCCGCAUGAGUAAAAGUAAAGUAUAAGAGAAGUUUUGAGAAAUCAGAUUUAAAAAGAAAAUACUGUAAGACGUUGCGUCAAUAAGAAAACUGUGAGACGUUGCGUCAACCAUAAAUUCUGUUGGGUUAGAGUCCCUUGGUUGAAGAAACCAUAAAUUCUGUUGGGUUAGAGUCCCUUGGUUGAAGAAACCAUAAAUUCUGUUGGGUUAGAGUCCCUUGGUUGAAGAAACCAUAAAUUCUGUUGGGUUAGAGUCCCUUGGUUGACGAAACCAUAAAUUCUGUUGGGUUAGAGUCCCUUGGUAGACGUACCAUAAAUUCUGUGACAUAAGUGUAUAUCUGUGUGUAAACGAGUAAAGUGUGGGUUGGAGGCCCUUGAGUCAGUAAACUCAUAAAGUACCAAAGUGUGGGUUGGAGGCCCUUGAGUCGGUAAACUCAUAAAGAACCAUUGAAAUUGUGUGCGUUGUGGUAAUCGCGUCUGGGACAAAAAAGGCCAGGGUGAAAUAAAUCCCUUUGAGUCGGCGAACUCAUAAAGGAAUAUUCCAAAAUUGUCUGUUAUAUGUUUGAAUGUUGUGCAAAGUGAUGUGAAAACUGAUUUAACCGUGUGAAAAUAGAUACUGUAUAAUUUUUGCAAACUGUGAAUAGAAUUUGUGUGUAAAAUGGCUGAAUUUCAGAAAGAAUGUGAUGAAUACGGAUGUCCGCCAGUGUUGCUGCAGUGGCAAAAGGUUACAGAUAUGCUGUUGGCACAGACAGAACCAAAAGAUAAGAAACAGAGACAGAAAGAAAUAGACAAAUGCUGGGUAGCAUUAUGUGAUGAUUUUGGAUGGGAAAAUGCAGAAGAAGUGAGAAUGCCUCUAGCACCGAAAAUUAGAGAAAUGGAAAAGAAAGCACAUAGUAAGUUACGGAGACAUAUUGAAGAGAAAGAUAAGGUUAAGUGGUAUAAUGCAGGAAAGCAUGGUAGCGAGGAAGAUAAUCUAAAAAAGAAAUUAAGGAUGUGGACUAGAGUAGCGUUAACAACCACAGCACUCAGCUCACAGAAACCACAGAGUAGAGAGAGAACACAGGAAGUGAACAACUCAGCAGCCAGAAUGAGAAAUGGAGAGAAUACAGGAAGCACCAAGACUAUCCUCUGCUCCGCCCCCAGAAAAGCCCAACCCACUUCAUUAUACCCAACCCUAAGCCACCCCCCUUCAUACGAACAGCACAAACAGCAGGUAGUGAUGACAAUCAAUGGGGGAGAAAUGGAUGUAGGCGUAAAUGACAUUACUGAUUCAAUGGAAAAACUACACAAAGAGGUUAGUGAAUUAAGACAAAUAGUGACCACUGAAGUAGGCAGGACAUUAAAGAAAGCAAAUCAAACCAUUCAGGAUAUAGAAAACACAAGACAUAGGCAGGAGAACAGGAAACAGUCAGAAGAGGAGGCCUCUCAGGAAGGAUCUCAGCUGAAUGACAGAGAAGGUACUCAGGAUAAUAUUAUAUAUGCGAAUCCGGUACAUGCAUCUACCCCUAAUCCACAAGCAGGGACCGAUAUGCUAACAGGGCCAAUACCAGUUCAAUUUGCAGGGAAAAUGACACUGGGUGAGCCAAUAGCCCAUAGGUUAAGGAGCAGGAAACAGCCAGGGCACCCAGACCAUGAGGAAGAGAAGGAGGAAAGGGAACAUUACCUGAACUAUGACCCAAGUCGUCAACUACAGGUACCUCAAAUGCAAGCACCAUUAAUGCACAGACCAGGAGGGAAUUCACAGUACCAACCUUGGUCACAUAGUGACAUGACAGCGAUAGCAAGUAAGUUGCCACCCAUUACCUCAGGAGGCAGCAGAUGGUUGAGUAAGCUGACAGCACUCAGCCAUGGCACUGACUUGGCUUUGGGUGACUUGAGAUGCCUGUUGGGUCAGAUACUGACAGCCUCACAAAUGCAAAAUUUAGAGCUCGAUGCAAAUACUAUGUAUGUUGCAAAUGAGAUACCAUUUACCAGAGUAAGCACUGUUGUAAGCCAAACUCUUCGUCGACUAUAUCCCGUGCCACCAACCGUGUACCAGAAUAUAAAAUUCCGCAUUAAGCCAGGUGAGACUGGAGCGGCUUAUUAUUUCCGUUGUGCUGCUGAGUGGGAACAAAUGGUGGAGGAAAACAGUUUAAACAACCCUGUGACACGAGACAUAUUUAGAGCAGCAGUAAUGACAGGAGCUCCAAAUGGAGUAAAACAAGCAAUGGAGAAUAACCCAGAUAUCCCAGUGGCGAGUAACGAGGUAUGGGAAAGACAUUUAGUACAUCACACAGACAGAGCAGUGGAAAGAGCCAAUAAAGAGGAAGAGGAACUAGAAAGAGUUAAAACCCAGUUGUUAAAAUUGCAAUUAGAAAAAGCCAAAAGUGAAGGGACAACCAAAAAGGCCAAGCAAAUGCCACAACAUACUCCCAAUGCACCCCAACCCAUAGACCCAUAUCAAGGACCCCCUUACAGUGGUUCUCCUUUUGGAGGACCGACACACCACCAUCCAUAUAGCAACCCACAUUAUGCCCAAGGACCAAACCGUAGGCAGGGACCCCCCUGGAGAGGAAAUGGACGAGGGCAGCCGGAAAGAGGGAGGGGAGGGUUUGAGAGGGACCAGUGUUUUGAGUGUGGUGGGUAUGGACAUUGGGCGAGAAAUUGUCCACAAAAAUCAGCACAGAGUCAAGGCCAGAGUAACGGUCCACCUGCGGGGGGAUGGGGUCCCCGAAGAGGUGGCGCCGGUGGUCGUGGCAGGGGACCACAAACCCCAUACAACCCGGGGCAACACUUCCCGUCACCUUCCAACCUACAGGCGCCUGUGCACCCAACAUGGGGCCCGGAGGGUGGGGCGGAGGAAUGUUGA